ACUAAUGCUGUUUCCAUCAAGAACAGGUUACUGGCCUGAUUUAUGCCUUUUAAUUGCGGAGCACGGAGAUGUUUAAACUAAGAUGAGUCGUUACUCGUCUCCACAGGCGUAGUUUAACACUUUAAAAAAAUCCAGUUUUUUUUUUUUUACCUAGCGGAGCGCGGUGACGCGCGCUCCCGCUAGUAGAACAUCCCGUGCGCGUCACCGCGCCUUACCGCUCUGUCUGUGGGGGAAAAAAAGGGAAAUAAGGAGUGAAGGCGAGUGGAGAUUACAGAGGCGUCGUCUCUCUCUCUCUGACACACACACACGCACAGAGGCACGCGAGACAGGAGGAGGCGAAGCGGUGUACGGCUCGCGCGCGCACGCACGCACACACACCCACCCACCAUGAAGGACCGCACGCAGGAGCUCCGCAGUGGAAAGGAAAGUGAUGAAGAUGAUGAAGUGGCUGUCAGCUUGGAGAAGGAUCGCUUCAUGGAUGAGUUCUUUGAGCAGGUGGAGGAGAUCCGGGGGUACAUCGAGGCCCUCUCCGAGAAGGUGGAGGAUGUGAAGAGGAAGCACAGUGCCAUCCUCGCCGCACCCAAUCCUGAUGAAAAAACGAAGGCAGAUCUGGAACAGCUGAUGACCGACAUCAAGAAGCUGGCCAAUAAAGUCCGCUCCAAGUUAAAGAGCAUUGAGCAUUCCAUUGAGCACGAAGAGGGUCUCAACAGGUCGUCGGCAGAUCUGAGGAUACGCAAGACUCAGCAUUCAACUCUGUCCCGUAAGUUUGUGGAGGUGAUGACGGAGUACAACGCCACCCAGUCGGACUACCGAGAGCGGUGCAAGGGGCGUAUCCAGCGACAGCUAGAGAUCACCGGCAGGAACACCACAAAUGAGGAGCUAGAAAGCAUGCUGGAGAGCGACAACCCUGCCAUCUUCACCUCGGGGAUCAUCAUGGACUCCAACAUCACCCAGCAGGCCAUGAACGAAAUCGAGACACGGCACAAUGAGAUCAUCAAGCUGGAGAACAGCAUCCGCGAGCUGCACGACAUGUUCAUGGAUAUGGCCAUGCUGGUGGAGAGCCAGGGGGAGAUGAUCGACCGCAUUGAGUACAACGUAGAGCAUUCCGUGGACUACGUGGAGCGGGCCGUGUCCGACACCAAGAAGGCGGUCAGGUACCAGAGCAAAGCACGGCGGAAGAAAAUCAUGAUCAUUAUAUGCUGCGUUGUCCUAGGAAUUAUAAUUGCUUCCACUGUUGGAGGAACACUGGCUUAGAACAGAGACGGAGCACCACCAGCUUAAAACAUCAUUCAUACGUAACACAUAUCUCACAAAAUCCCACACGAACACACACGCACACACACACACACAUACACACGCAGACCUUGAAAUAUAUUUUAGUGGCAGUGAAUUGCGUACUGAGGAUCUGACAAAUGGUACAAAAAGGUAUCGAUGGGAGAUGUAUUUCUUAUGCAUGAGCUCUUUUUGUAAAUGUGUGGUUCUGCGGUGUGUUUUUGAGUGUUGAAUGUUAUAUGACAAAAAUCUACAAAUGUUUUUGAGGUCUAGUUUUAAAGAGGGGGGAACAAGGACGAAAUUGGAAAUGUUACACACACAUUCCAACUAUAACAUUUUAUAAUUAUUUUUUUAUUAUAUCAGAAUAAGUAUCCUUUACGCUCUCAUAUUUGUUAACUUCCAAAUUAAUUGUGGAGUUUGUCCGCAGUGCAAACAGUACGAGAUACGAGAUCAACACUGGUCAUUGUAUAUAACAAGAAUCAGACUAUGUUUAGUGUACUGUUGUGCAACUUUUAAUUGAUAAAGGCAUAUCAAUAUUCCCGGCCGCCUGAGUCUCAAGAACUUGACGUUCCGUUCAGUAUGUCCGAGACCGAACUUUUGCAUGAUGUCUCAGAAGAUAUGACAUUGUUCUGUGCAUCAAAACGUAGUGAGAUAUCUUGUGUUUUCAUAAUUUACUUUUCAAAUGGAUCCAAAAGCUGCCUCAAAGAGGGGGUGUCUCAGUCAGUAUUAUUUUUGCCGUCAAAGUCCCCCCCCCACUUAGCCUGUAACCCAGAUGCUUAGCUAGCUUUACCAACAGUUGUUGUGCCUCCUCCUAUAUUCUGCCUUAGUUUUGAGAUGUUAUGAUAUGUAUGUGUGCUCAUGAAUGCCUGUAUCUUGCCAAGUGUGUCUUUGUCCUAUAAAAAAAGCAUUCCCUCCGUCUGUUUCAGGUCAUGACACUGCCUAGACGUUUUUAAUCGUAAUUCGGCUACAAAACUGGCGUAGCUGUCGAUUACAUAUUUGGGUAAUGAAAUCUUGGGAUGUAGUCCCUGCUAAAUCACAUAACUUACUUUCAAGGUUAAUAACCCUCAUAUUGUAGCCCAGCGCUAUGGGGGAAAACGCCUCUUCUUUAAAUUAGAUCUGACUUCUCAAAGUGCUUUUCUGUCCUCUUCGGCCAUGAUGCGGACAGGCUAUACCACCGCAGGCGCCAGGUCGCCUAAAUUGGCCAUCUGACUUGAAUACAUUCCAACAACUUGCUGGAUUUAAUAGAGGAUACAAGCAAAGCAAAGAGCCAUGUUGCCUAAGCAAGCCGUUGCCUUUGUUCCAAUGCUGUCGUUAUUUACUUUUUAAUAAAGCGGAGCCUGCCUAAAAUACAGCCGAGGACGCGGCAGGUGCCACGCCUACCAGACGUGCCACGCCCCUUUGUGGGGGGUGUUCAUUUACGGACCAAUAGCUCCUUCAGACUGGGGUGAGACCACACCCAUCUCGUACCGGUCCCGCUCUGUCCUUAACAGGAGGUUGUUCAGGGGAGAGUGCCAGCACGUCAACGUAGGGCUAAGAUGGGAUGGGUUGGGCCUCUUCCCUCUUGUCUCCUGUGACGCUCUACAUCUAAGUGUCACCGGCUCCCAACCCUCAACCUUCUGCACCUCACGUUCACGUCCUCUUCGAAAACAGGUCACCUACUGAGCCAGUUUCUCGCAUAGGAGCUGUAUGACUGAACAAACAGACAAACGAAAAGGAGAAAAGCGCAUGUGCUGCCGUUUUGGAGUGAAGAUGUGUCGUCCUUGCUUUCGUACAGUGCCGUUACUGAGAAGUGUGUGUUCCGCCCACCUGUCUCUUGGGCUCUUUCCUUUCUCUUCGUACUCAGUUGUUGUCGUGGAAAUCAAAGAGUGCUUUCUGAUGACCCCUUUUAUUCGUGUUAGUUUGUUUUCAUCGUGUGCGUAAAGGUGCAAGUUGUACCCCGGUACCGUACCUCAGCGUUCAUUCCCAGCUUCUUUGAGUUCUUAAAGAAUCGGCCAUCAGCCAGUUCUGAUUCUCAUAGGAGGUUCUGGAUAUAAA